GAAACAUUUAUUAUGCUGAUUUUACAUGAUUUCAGCCAUGUUUGAAUCCACACUCUAUUGUAUGAGAGCAUUCAACACAUCCAAAGGUUCAUUUUUCUGCCAUCGCUGCGGUCGCACAUACGCUUCGAAAGGCAAUUUAUCCAGACACUUACGAUUUGAAUGUGGUGUUGAUCGUCAGUUUUCUUGCCCACUGUGUGGAAAAAUGUUUAAACGAAAAGAGCAUCUUACAGAGCAUAUAUUUGGUACUCACAAAAACAUAGAUAUGUUUACUUUCAGUAAUUAAUCCAAUCUUAUAGGAUUGUAUUAUAUUACUACCAUAUUGUUUGAAAUAGCGCAGUGUGCUAAUGUAAAGAGCUUUCAUACAUAUUCACUUUUUUACUGUACUAUAAAACAAACCGUGAAAUUAUGAGGAACCAUAUAUGUCGGAAAAACUGAUGUCAUAAUGUUUGAGACUUACCCUCAGGAGUACUGUGAGCAUACACAUUUAAAAGAAGGAAUGGAAAAAAAGUAGUUUUUUUUUAUCUGUUCAAUCCCUCCUAAGGGAAAAAAAGAGAGAGGUAGGAUGUGUGAAAUGCUGGAGAAUAUGACAGGUCACUCAAACCUAAUAUUGUAAGAGACCCACUUAUAGUCAGUAUGUGGUAGACAAAAUGUAGGUGGAAGUGUCAGAAAGAGUAGUGGGUCACAGGUACUACAGUGGUAACCACUGUUCCAGCUUCAGUACAGUGAGAGGUGAAUGAGGAUUAUGAGGAAAUGAAUCAGUCAUUUAACGAUUGGAAGGAAGACAGAAUAGGAGACAUGGAAAAUACAAACAGAUAAAGAGGACACAAGCAUCACGUACAGUCUGUCUACUGAAAAACCUACAGAGAAAUACCGGUAUUGCCAAUAUGAGUGCAGUCGGCUCAUGCAAUUGAGGCCAAUGCACAUGCCAGGAAGCCUCUCACCAUUGAAAGGCUGUUGAGAUCACAAAAUGAUUCGUUGACAUAAAUCACAAAAAAGAUUAUUAAUCCUCACUGACCAUUGUUACUACAAGGUAUGGAAGUAAAUCACACUACCAUUGAAAUUUACAUAAUACCCAGGUUUAGAUGCUGCUUAAAACUGUCUUUGGUAUGUGCUAAGAAGCCAUUAUAUAAUAAGAUACUACUGAUGGUGACCAUGCACUCACAAUAUUAGUCUACCAAUAACAUUUUAAAAAAAUGAAAGCACUCCUCUUGGCCACAGUCAUUUCAUCCUACACAGACACUUGUCUUUCACAUGCUGUGUAUUCCUGAAUCUUUCACAUUUCAAAGAUGGCAUCUCUGUUCCUUAUUGUACAAUCAGUGUGUAGUAUUUUGUAGUGUACACAAUCCAUGUGUAUGCACGCUUAGUAUUUGAUGUACUGGUACUGUGUCUCAGAGUUCGAGUUUUUACAAAACCAAAAUCUAACUUCUUUGUUCUGAUUUAAUAAUGAAAAUAUCAUACAAGCAUGUAUGCUGCCUUUCAACUGAGUACAGUUUUUUUUGGAUAAAUUUACUUUUUGCAAUUCUUUCUGCUCCUGAUAUUACCCAUCCACUCCUGUAUUCUGUCAUUAUCUUCAUAGUACUUGCACUAAAUUAGAUGUGUAUGUAGCUUUAUCUGGCUCCAUUUAAGGAGCUUCAUUAUUCUUUCCUUGCAAGCCUCUUGGUAAAGGUACUUUAUUUCUCAUUCCACUUUCAUGUCACAACUACACUGUAGCUUACCUCAGAACAGCUACACAACUUUCUUUCACAGAAAAAUAUUGGCUGCUGUUGCUUGGGAACUGUUUCAUAGUAUUUUGUCUUAUACUCCUUGAUCCUUGAGGCACUAAAGUUUGUCCAGAUCAGAGUAUCGUCUCCCAACACUGUGCUUGCUUCUAAAGAUACAAGAUCCCAAUAGAGAAACUUAAUUGCCCAUAUUUCAGUACAUACUUUACUUUAAAAAAAGGAAAGGAAGAAAAGUAUCCUUAGUAACAUGAGAGCCUUACAUAAUUCAUGUGUACUUACAAAUUAGGUGCCCAUUAUUAUGUUUGUGUCAAUACUCGUUUGUUGUUACGUUCAUUUUUAGCAUGGAAAGAUGAUUAUUGCUACACAAAAUGUUAGUGCCAUUAUCAUAUUCAUUACAAUGUUCAAAUGCAGUACUGUAAGGCCAUGUGAUGUCUA